AUGUCCUGGUUUCCUUGCUUACACUCGACGUGCAGGGAACGACCGGGUGACAAUGGUCCCUACAGCAAAACUCAGCUACCGACCUCCGAGAGCAGUGUUGAAAGUGCCGCAAGUCAUGCCUCGAACGAACGUGAUCCGGCAGAGUCAUCGGCCUGGAGUCUUGUUCCGCGCGUUGGUGCCGAUGAGCCCCAAGACCUUGAGGAGGCUACGCUGUCUGAGACGAAGACGUCCGUACCAAGGGACCCCAGCCUCCAGAACGAUGUGCAGAGCCAACAACAUGUCGCCCAUCGCACUGAGUCGCAUAGAGUGAACCCGUCGCUUGACGCCUAUGUCUCGGCAUUCGAGGUCGUCCGCGCCACAAACCAACGCGUACUGGACCGGGUCUUUGAGCUGAAUUCCACAAGAGGACCACUGUUGAAGCAGAUCGAAAGCCUCCUCCGUGCCUUGGAUGAGUUCGUGCGCCAUAUUACCGAGCACCCUGGCCCCUCCGACGGGAAUGAUGCUCCUGCGACCAAGGUUCGGGAUCUCCAGCAGCAAUUCGACACUCUCAGAAAUGGCCAGUUUGCUUCUCUGCAAGCAGAUGAAGCAAGGUAUAGGGAAAUCGAAGACGACAUCAUCCAAUCCCUUCACCGUUCUGGUACCUAUCUGGACAACUUGCUCCGGUCGACGCCGACCAGCCCGAAUCUGAACCAUGAAGCCUCCACGGAUCUACCGCAAGAUCCAGCCAUUGUCGGAAAUGGCCUGAAUGAGCAGUCUGCCGACGUCCUUCGAUACCUGACUCAACUCGGCGAUGUAGAUGCUCUUCAGGAAAAGUUGUCUGAUCUCUACACGGAACGGGCACAGCUCCUGGAGGAGCAGAAGUCGAAAGAGAAGCUAGGCGUCAGUUUAGACGAUGACUCUCUUGCCUUCCUCCAAUCCUCCGAGCGCGAAGCAGACGAGUUAGUGGAACAGCUGGAGUAUGCGAGGCUAGUUCUGCAGGCACUAAAACAACUCAUAGACGACGCAGACGCCCAGUCACUCUCAAAAGACGACUUCCCUGUGUCCGAGGUCGACGAGGAUUCCGCUGGACUGCAACAUCUCGAGGACGGCUUGACCGCGCAAUCUUUCCAAGUGCCCCUUAGAGACAGAGGCAGGCAGUUAGUGGUCCGCCAAAGGCUUGAAGCACACGACAACGACUUCAAAGUCACUCUCGAAAGCACGGACGACGCCGCCCUUGCGACUGCCAUGUUCAUCAACGCCUGGAUGUUAAAGCGGUUGUUCCAUCUCCCACGAACUUUGGACAGGCUAAUCUCUAUCGUAGAGCAGCGGCACCCCGGAGCGGAUCUUGACCUCUUGGAGCGCACAUUCCUGGCAUACUGGUUCAAUGACGGUUCUGCGUCCGACUUUAAAACGCGUAGGUCGCUUGCUGACCAACAGACGAUGCGAGCCAAUACUCUCUCCCGAUACUUCGAACCGAAGAGCAUUGCAAGCGACACAGCCGUGCCUACUGGCUCGUCGCCUCUACUCAGACUAGGCCCAUCCGUCCGCACCAGCGAGAUCAUCAAGCAGGCCAUACGAUUCCAGGGCUUCCGAUCCUUACAGGUGUCCGAGAAAUCCUCAUAG